AUGGGCUUCUGCUGGAGCGCGGAGUGUGGCGGCAGGCCUAGCUGGGCAGGUCAUAAUAAGCCCUGCCAUGCUGGUUGGGUGGGCUCCACUGUGCCGCUCUGCAUCUACGGCUUCUGCUCCAUGAUGAGGCCCAUAGAGCCCUUCAUGACAGAGUUUCUCACGGGGACCUACAAGAAUCUCACCACGGAGCAGGUGAAUAGACAGGUGUAUCCUGUGUGGACUUACUCCAGCCUGGUUCUCCUCAUCCCAGUCCUCCUGGUGACAGACCUCCUCAGGUACAAGCCUGUAAUCAUCCUCCAGGGGCUCAGCCACGUCGCGGCGUCUCUGCUGGUACUAGUCGGCUCGGGGGUCCGCUCAGCCCAGUUAGCCUUCUUCUGCUACAGCGUUGCCGUGGCAGCGGAUGUGGCCUAUUUCUCCUACAUUUACAGUGUGGUGGAUCCUCGCUUCUAUCAGAGAGUGACCAGUUAUGUCAGAGGGGCCAUGCUGCUGGGCUACGCUAUGGGCGCUCUACUGGGUCAACUGCUUGUGUCUUUGGUUGGGGUGUCCUUGUACUGCUUAGCUGCUGUGUCUCUCGCCUCUGUCUCCGUAGCACUGAUAACCUCCUUUUCCCUGCCAAUGCCUGAGACUAGUUUAUUUCUUCAGGGGACGUAUUCUCCACAACAGGUAAGCUCAGUUGAAGACAGUUGCGACUCUGAAGGCCGAAACUUUUCCACGUGGGCGAAGAGCGUGAGUCCCGUAAGGAGGAUGUUGAGACUCGCGUUAGACUGCAAGACAUGUUACUCGUCGAUGGCCAUGCUCUUCUUCUGCAUGUGGUCGGCGAUGGGGAAAUGCGGCUUUUACCAGGUGGCAGGGUACGUCCAGCUCCUCUGGGUACACAUGCAGCCCCACAACUUCACGGCCUACAAUGGAGGGGUGGACGGCGUCAGCACACUGUCCGGAGCUGCAGCCUCUGUCGCCGUGGGACACAUGUCUCUGGAGUGGUCCGUGUGGGGGGAACUGGUCCUGGGGGCGUUCACCUUCCUGAUCGCGGGGGCCAUAUUCCUAAUGGAUCUGACUGACAACAUCUGGAUCAGCUACUCGUGCUACUUCUUCUUCAAAACCGUGUACAUGGCGCUCACCACCAUCUGCACUUUUCAGAUAGCCAAGAUGCUGAACAGGGAGCGCUACGCGUUGGUACUCGGCAUGAACAGUUUUGUGGGCACAAUCCUCCAAAGUGUCCUCACCGGCAUCGUCAUCAGCUCCAAGUCUCUACAGCUCACCAUCAUCUUGCAGUUUGUUGUCUACGCCUCGUACUUUGCUGCCAUGUCCCUGCUGUUCACGGCCAGAGGUGUGUACACUGUCCUCCACACGAAGCGUUCCGCUGGAGGCGACCUGGCAGAGAGAGCCACCAACCUGCCAGAGGCCUCAUGCCUUUGA